UGGGUUUUGUAGCUGCAGCCUUGUGGUCUUUGGAUGGCUAUAUCCUUUUCAAAAAAAUCACAUUCAACAAGCCAAGAACCAGCCCAGAGGCCCAAACAGGGAACAAUUAAAGCUUUACAGGACCAACUGUCUCAUUUUCUGUCUCACAGCGGAGAGAGAGUAGGACGCAUCUCUGUGAGGUUGACUCGGAACAGGAAUCAUGGGGGACAUCGAGACUCCGGAGAAUAACCGAUCACGACAGACCGUUAUUCAUUCUCUUCUCCCGAGUAAAGAAUUCGUCUCCUCCCGAAAAGGAAUUCUGCUGCUCGGUGAAGUGGUGAUGUCCUUCAUCAGCUUUGUGUGCUUUGCUGCUUCGACAGCAGCUGCCUUCGUCACAGCUCCCCUGAUAGAGUUCUUGGCUGCCCUCUUCUUGCUGUUUGCUUAUUCUACAAAGUUCAAUGAGAGAUUUAAGGGCUUUUACUGGCCCCUCAUGGACUUCCUGCGCUGUGUCAGUGCAUCCAUCAUCUUUUUCAUCAUCUCUAUAAUAUCUGUGUCAAAAUAUGUGGAUGGAGCCUCAAAAGCUGCUGGGUUAUUUGGCUUUAUUACCACAAUAUUCUUCGCCCUGGACUUUUAUUUCAUCUUCAAUGAACUGGCCAACUUCCUCAAGGGAGGUGAUCCCAGUGAGGAACCACCAAACACACAAGAUGAUGACUCAGACUCUGACUCUGACUGAAGCUGUGAUUGUGUCCAAAGACCUGGUGCGUGACCACUACAGUGCCUGAUAACCAAAACAGACUUUAGUAUAACUUUUUUUAUUGUUUGUUAUUUUGGGUAUGGUUUUUGUGACUAGAGUAGUCUAAAGCAGUCUAUUUCAAAUCACAAGCUAAAGAGUUUUCAACAAGUUUUGUAUGCGUCCAGACAAUCCAAGCCUCUCUUAUUUGAUUUCCCCAAAGCUGUGAAUUAUUCCAGUGACGCAGCUUCACAUCAGUCAAGUUUGUUGACAGGUUUUUUAAAAAGAAGGGCAGUAUUGUACCAUUUGUGAUGUUUAUGUAUGGCCUCUUACAGCUUAGACGUUCUUAUAGUGUUCAGUUCCAUUUUUACAGUAUGUACGAGUCUUUUUCUAUUACUAUAUUUGGAAGCUGUGUGUGCGUGUGUAUGUUUACUAACUAGAACUAUUCUGAGGGAAUAUUUCCUCCAAAUAUGUUCUCUUAAAUUGUCUUUUAAAAAAGAUGCAUGACUUGGUGAUGAAGCCCUGUUCUGGGAAUAAUAAUUUGAAUGUUUUGUAGCAACAAAGUAAGUUUACAUCAUGUAUGGAAUUAGCAGGUGGUUGGCUGGCCACAGUCACCUGUCUUACUUUCACAGGUCUACACAUUGGUUUUAGUCUUGUAAUGUUGAAGUAAUACCAAUGUUUUGCCAAAGUACUGCAAAAAAAUGGCAGGAUUUGUCUCAUUAUGCUCACCUAGCAAUGUACUAUUCUUGAAGUGGCACUGCUCUGCUAUUGAACCUGUAUUAUAAAUGUGAGCAUCAGUGUAAGAAUAAGGGAGCGUCGCCUGGUUUACUAUAGUAUUCUCAGGCAUGCUGCAUGUAUCCAUUUGUAAACCACCUUCUAGUGUAAAGACGCACUGUCAGAUUGCCACAUCAAUAAACAAUUGUGAUGCA